AUGGCUGAUGCACCUCCAGUCCUAGCUCAUGCUGAGCGCGGCGAAGACCAAAUCACCAACCAAAAUGUGAUCAACAACUAUUUCAUCGGCCCACGGGCUGCCAACAUGCCUGAUUUCAGAGCAAACAUCAACACCAUUCUGGAUGAACUGCUUGAAACCAGGCUUGAUUACUACCCCGAGGAUCAUAGCCAGAAGUUCAUCACCAAGGAAGUCCGGAGAUCGCCGGAGUUUCAGAAGGUGAGGGACAACUUCGGUGACGUCGUCCGAAAAGUGGCCCAGCUCCUCGGAGAGCACUCGGUGCCUUUCUGGUCUCCCCGCUAUGAAGCCCACAUGUGCACCGACUUGACCAUGCCGUCCUUGCUGGGGUACUUCAUGACGAUGCUGUACAAUCCCAACAACGUCGCCCUCGAAGCCAGUCCCAUGACCACCGUCGCGGAGUUGCUGGUCGGACAGCAACUGGGCGAGCUGUUCGGAUACAAAACUCCCCUCACAGAGGAUCCUCAUAGAGAAAGACAGAAUGAGCCGAUGUCAUGGGGCCAUAUCACCUGCGACGGCACGGUCGCCAAUCUGGAAUCGAUCUGGGUCGCGCGAAACCUGAAGUUCUACCCUUUGGCCCUUCAUCAAGCCAUCGUGAACGGGAACCUGAAUUUCAUCGCGGACCGGUUCGAGGUGGAAACCUGCAGGGGCGGGACAGAGAAAUUUGCACGGUUAGCAACCUGGGAUCUUCUCAAUCUGAAGCCCAAGACUGUCCUCGAUCUGCCCGAUCGUCUGUACCGAGAGUUUGGCAUUUCGAGCGACUACCUCAAGAAUGCCUUGGAGCCUUAUAACAUCCAGUCAGCGGGUCUCUUGCAUGAGGAGACCGACGAGACCCACCACUUUUACAGGAGUCUCAAGGCGAUGAAAUUCAUCGUGUCGAAGACCAACCAUUACUCCUGGCCGAAGGGACUGGCCAUUGCCGGGUUGGGAUCGGCGAAUCUUCUCGAAGUGGAGGUGGACGACGACGCUCACAUUGAUCUGACGCAACUGAGAGCUACUCUGAACGAGUGCCUUGAAAACGGGAUCCCCGUCUAUGCGGUGGUGGCCGUCAUUGGAUCCACCGAAGAGGGGGCCGUUGACCGGCUGUCGGAGAUUGUGCGAAUUCGAAACGAGAUGCAAGAGAAAGGCCUGUCUUUCCUUGUUCAUGCGGAUGCUGCCUGGGGAGGUUACUUUGCUACCAUGCUGCGCCGAGGACUGCGGGGUCCUGAAAGGGGCGACGCCGACAGAGGCGCGGUGCCAGCCCUGACUCUGCGAAAGGAGACUGAAACCGACCUCUUGGCUCUUCGCCAUGCGGACUCCAUCACGGUCGACCCCCAUAAGGCUGGCUAUAUCCCGUACCCGGCAGGGAGCUUGGUCUACAGAGACGGCCGGAUGCGAUACUUGGUGACUUGGUCCAGUCCCUAUCUGUCGCAGGGGUCGGCAGAGAAUAUUGGGGUAUAUGGGGUAGAGGGAAGCAAACCCGGCGCAGCUGCCAUGUCAACGUGGCUCUCCAACCAGACGAUUGGUCUGGAUCCUGACGGAUACGGGAAGCUGCUGGGUCAAGCAUCUUUCACCAGCUCCAGGCUAUCGGUGCGCUAUGCCGUCCACAGUGACUUCAGGCAGGAGAACAGAAAGGACUUCAUCUGCGUCCCGUUCAACCGACUGCCCCGGGAGCAGGAGGGACACGCCUUCAACUCCCCAGAGGUUGAGGCCGACCGGGAUCUCAUUCGAAUGCGCAUCCUGGGACAGCAGAACGAGGCCCUCCUGCAGGACCCUGUCGCAAUGAACCUGCUGCGCCAACUGGGCUCCGACACCAACAUCAACGCCUUUGCUCUCAACUUCUACGUCGACGAGGCGAAGACAACCCUGAACACCGACAUCGAAGAAGCCAACUACCUGAUGAAGAGGGUCGUUGACCGGCUUUCCAUCACGGGGGUGGACACCGACCCAACCAAGAUCCCCGUCUACCUAACCUCGACCAAGUUUGAGCCCAAGCAUUACGGCGCGUGUGCAAAGACCUUCAUGCGCAGAUUGGGCCUCACGGAGGUCGACGAGGAGCUUUUCGUCCUGCGCAACGUGGUCAUGAGUCCCUUCCCCACCAAGCACUACUUCAUCGGCACGCUCUGGGACGAAUUCGAGCGAGUCGUCAACGAAGAAGUCCAGCAAGUCCGAAAGCGCAACGACCCCGCGGCACACAAGGCCCAAUUCCUCCUGCAAGGAAUCGAGGAGUCCGGAAAGACCUUCCUGGUCUUGCAAACCUCGUUCCACACUGCCACCCUCCGUCAGCAGCUGAUCGUCCGCGCCACCCUCAGCCCCGACCUGGAACAAAAGUAUCGGGACUGCAAGAACCAAAGCCCAGAGACAUCUCUCCUCCUGGUGUCCCAGGAUGUCAUCAACCUUCAGCAGGGCAUUGACGAUCUUCCCCACACGGACUUAACGGACGUGCGCGCCUUGUCCACAGGAGAGGUCACGAUCACCAGGGACGACAUCAUCAAGAGCCGGCCGUUGAACGUGGUGAACCGAGACCCGCAAUAUCCAAAGACAGACACCCCGUUCUACCUUUACGGCACGCCGGCGCAGCAGCAUAUUUCCCACGUGCUGGUCCGGUCUCCGAACGUCGCCCUCUCCGCCGCCAACGUCUCCUUAUCCCCCGACCCGGGAGUAGAAGACAGCAUCAGUGCCGACGACCUUGCCAACGGCUUGAUCCUCGCCUUGGCCGAGCACCCCGAGGUGGCCAUGCAGCCCGUCACCGGAAAGGUGUCCGCGACCGCAGAUGUGCCCGGCGACUUCUUCUUCAGCAGUGGAAAACACUUCAAGGUCAAUGUCUGGAGGGACCCCAACGCCGGCGACGCUCAGGGUCCCGGCCUACUGACCGGUUUGGGAGAACCCUUCUGGACCGGCACAUUGACUCUGGGCGAGGACCUGGACUAUGAUUCCGACUGGCCCAACAAGGACCCAGCGGCUGUUGCGAAGGUCGAUUCGGCUCACUGGCGUGAGGAGCUGUUGAAGAUCGGCAACGUGCUGAAUGCCAAAUACAGGAAUCCCGCCGAAUAGCCUGCGACGCAGGUGGGACAGUACUGCUGAGGUCAUUGGUGCUGCGGGCGACAACCUUACAUCAAUAGGAUGAGGCUAUCUGUGAUGCUAUAAAGAUGGUCGAAUGAAGGAUUCAAACGAUGGAUUCGCCCAAGGUUAUUUUCAACAAGAGAGACAUGAGGGUGGUGAAAAAGGAAGAAGUGACGUGGGAGCCAGAGGGAAAGAAAAC